GUGUGUGUGUGUGUGUGUGUGUGUGUGUGUGUGUGUGUGUGUGUGUGUAAACCUGAGGAAGCAUUAACAUGCCAAAGACGUUGCUUUCUCCUCUAACAUCUAUUAAUAGACAUGUCGAUCCAGUACCUGGUAGGAAGGUGAUCUAAUAAAGUCUUUGUGCACUCAAACUCAGCAGUGUAGAAAUUGUCCAUCACUAAUAUUUUCUGUUAGCGUGAGGACAUGACCCACUGCUAGGUUUUCAAGACCCCCCCCCCCCAUGGUGCAUCUCAUGCAUUUUAAAAGCACUCCAUCUAACCCUCUGCUCCUGACUGCUGAGUGUGUACUUUGCUCUGUCGCAGCACCUCCUUGUCUCCCAGCGUUACCUGUGUUUGCAUGAUUUACCCUGUCACCACUGCCCCUUACUCAAGUCACUUUGGCUGUUCAGCUGCCACUCAUCUCCGAUGACAUCGGCCUGCUGAAGUUUAACCUCUUCAUUUUUCCGCGCCGACCCCGCUUCCACCCUCCCAGGGUACAUCCUGUCCGUCACCGAGGGUUAAAGCCGUCUCCGUUGAUGCAGCCUGCCGCUGUUUCUCUCGACAAACUGCUACAGAUCUGACCCGUCGUACGUCUGUUACGUCGACUCUAUGCUUUCUAGGAGUGAUAACGACGGCAGAUCAGAGAGCCGUGCAAGGCUGUCACUUCUAUCACCGCUGAGGUGUGCGUUGUAUCAGUGGUACGUGUGCCUCUGCAGGGAAGGUAUCGUAACAUGGGGAACCUACUGAAAGUUCUGACUUGCACAGAUCUGGAACAGGAGCCCAAUUUUUUCCUCGAUUUUGAAAAUGCCCAGCCCACAGACGCAGAGCGAGAAGUGUGGGAGCAGGUGGACGUGGUGCUGAAGGACGCUAAGGGGAUCCUGGACGAGCUGCAGGCGUACAAAGGAGCGGGGCAGGAGAUCAGAGAGGCGAUCCAGAAUCCGAACGAUGAGAGGUUACAGGAGCAGGCGUGGGCGGCUGUGGUUCCCCUGGUGGGGAGACUGAAGAAGUUCUUUGAGUUCUCCCAGAGAUUAGAGGCGGCGCUGCACAGCCUGCUGGGAGCUCUGACCAGCGAGACGUACGACGACCCCACUCAGCACCUCGAGCGGGAGCAGGCGCUGGCCAAGCAGUUCGCCGAGAUCCUGCACUUCACGCUGCGCUUUGAUGAGCUCAAAAUGACAAAUCCUGCCAUUCAGAAUGACUUCAGCUACUAUAGGAGAACCCUGAGCCGAAUGCGGAUCAACAACGUACCGGCGGAUGGUGAGAACGAAGUCAACAAUGAACUGGCCAAUCGGAUAUCCCUGUUUUACGCCGAUGCCACGCCCAUGCUGAAAGCAUUAAGUGACGGCACAACAAAGUUUGUAUCCGAGAACAAGAACCUGCCCAUCGAGAACACGACGGACUGCUUGAGCACGAUGGCGAGUGUGUGUAAAGUCAUGUUGGAAACGCCGGAGUACCGCAGCAGGUUCACCAGUGAUGAGACGGUGUCUUUCUGCCUCCGGGUGAUGGUCGGGGUCAUCAUCCUGUACGACUACGUCCAUCCUGUGGGAGCUUUCGCAAAGUCGUCCAAAAUAGACAUGAAAGGUUGCAUCAAAGUCCUCAAAGAUCAGCCUCCGAACAGCGUAGAAGGCCUUCUCAACGCUCUCAGGUACACAACCAAGCAUCUGAACGAUGAAUCAACCAACAAGACUAUCAAGAGCAUGCUGCAGUAGGACUGAGCUGCUACAACUGCUUGCCUCACACCCUGCUGGGGGGGAGACGCCACUCUCCUGACUGAUGUCAGUGCACAGAAUGUUUUUGUUUUUCUUUCUUUUUGUUGCUUUUUUUAAUUUUCUAAUGGAAAAAGAGCUACAGCUCCGCCCUCUUUUUAUAAUGCAAAAUGCUACUGCCAUUAUGAACGUCUUUUUCUGUGCCAAAAAGAUGUUGCUGAGAUGUAAUGUUUUCGAUAAAAGGCCAUGCGACAAUGGCAGCUAAUGAAAGCAUUGUGGAUCCUCUGGUGUUUUAAACUUGUUUUUCCCUAAUAUAAGGGACGGGAGUGCUUUGACUUGAAAAUUUAAAAGAGAGAUAUAUAUAUCUA